CAGUGUCUUCAUCAGGAUCUGUAGAAUGGCUGAUGCUUGCAAUUGUUGCAGUCAUGUGCUGCAUUCAAACUGUUGUUGGGUAUUCAAGUGGAGCUGCUACUACACAGUGUGUACAGAUGACUCCACAAUCUCCUCAUGGUUUAAGUCAGGCAACAGCUAGUCCGUAUCAGAUCACAACUAAUGCUUCAUCUGGAUAUGUGCCUGGGCGGACAUAUACAGUGACCAUUUCAAAGAUCAACAGUGCGUCAACACCUGAUUUCAAAGGCUUUUUUUGUCAAGUUCGUCAAGUUGGUUUAACUACUCCCGUUGGAACGUUUGAUGUUGCUGAUGGAAACAAAGCUCAAACCAGAGAUUGUACAUCAACUGCUAGUUCUGUGACACACAAAAACAAGAACACAGUUACUGACUAGACUUUCUAUUGGACAGCAAGUGCUAGGCCCUUGGGUGUUGGUACACAACUGUUUGUUAGAUGCACUGUUGUUCAACAGUUGGCCACUUUGUGGGUAGGCGUACAGUCAAUGACAUUUCAAGAACUUGCUUUGCCGACAGACGAGACUAUUCCUCCAACUACACCUGCUCCACCAACCACACCUGCUCCUUCUGUUUCGUCUAUAUCAUUGGAUUUCUCUGGAUGUGGCUCAACUACACUUUGCUAUCGUGACCCAUCAGGCUGCACUACACCAGCAAGCUGCAAGUAUGCAAUGAUCGGUGAGUAUGACUCGACUCAAAAAAGAUUGACAUUCUUCCUUGCUUCCAAUGCUGGAGGGUUUGCUGCUAUUGGUUUUUCAAAAGACAGCAGUAUGGGAGAGGAUGACGUUAUUGGGUGUCAACGGGAUGCUAAUAAUGAUAGGGUGUAUGUUAAAGAUGGAUGGAAUCCUGGUGGUAGAAAUCCGAAUCAGUAUGAUACUGAUCAAUCUAGUAUCAUUAGUUCAUCUGGUACAUAUGAGGAUGGUGCGGUUGUAUGUCGUCUUGUAAGAGUCUUGACACCUGCAGAUACUACACAAGAUUACGAUCUCAAUAAAGAAUAUACCUUUUUCUUUGCAAGAGGAAAUGGUAGAGCGAGUCGGACUGAAGGUCUCACUAAGCACAGUGUUGUGCCGAUUGUAUCAUCUAGUGCUAUCAAUGUGACACAACCUCAGGAGAUUGGAGCAGAAGGAAAGCCACUGAUCAAAGCACAUGGUAUCAUAAUGGUCUUCUCAUGGAUCGGCACCGCUUGUACUGGCAUCAUUUUGGCUCGGCACUUCAAAGUUGUAUGGCCAAAUGGCGGCUGGUUUGAUGCUCAUCGUGGUCACAUGAUCAGUACUUGGAUUCUAAGCAUCAUUGGUGUUAUCAUUAUUUUUGCUCAUGCGGGAGAAUGGGUUUAUAGUUCGACUAACGGGGGUGUACACAAUGCUCAUCCAAUUAUUGGAUUUAUAACUGUUCUCCUAUCAACUGCACAGCCAAUCAUGGCAGCAUUUGGCCUCAUCCGGGAACUCCAAAACGUCCGAUUUUUAACUGGGCGCACUAUCUGGUGGGAGUGACUGCAUUAACUCUAGGAGUUCUAUCUGUUUUCUUUGGUUUGUCGUUCGCUCGUGACAAACAUAUCACUGGACUCAGUGAUAGUGCAACUUAUGUUCUGUACGUGUGGGUAGUAAUAGAAGUGUCCGCGUGGAUUAUUCUGGGAUUGAGUAUCGAUACAAGAAAGCAGCAGGCUGUGAUGACAGUGUGGAGAUGAAGAUGAAAACAGAGGACACCAGUAAAGAGAAACCAAAAAAGAUACCAUCAGAGGACGCACACACCAGGAAGUCUGUUCUCUUAGCCUUCAUUGUGAUCUCUAUGGCUCUGUCACUCAUUGUUGCCAUCUACAUUGGAAUUGCAGAUCUGUAGUUGAGACGAGAAGUGAUUGACUGCAGUUAAACUAAUGCCGUUAGAGCUUGUGUCUUGCUGUGUGUUUGUUUGCUUAUUUCUUAUGUUGCAUUUCUGUAGCUUGAUUUUUAGGAGCUUGGAUGGUGAAGUUGCCUUUGCUUGCUGUUAGCUAGUGCUCAUAGUGGUUCAUGGCUUUGAUGGUGAUUUCUAAUGUUUAUGUGAUGAGACUGUUGCACUAAUAUGCAUCUCUUGAUGUUUAUAGGUAUUUUAGAAUUGUCAACACUACAUGCAUGUACACUAAGUGAAAUACAUUAGUCUAAUAGACUAUUGUAUUGGAGGGAUGCAUCUCACAAUACACUAGACUAUUGUAUUGGAGGGAUGCAUCUCACAAUACACUAGACUAUUGUAUUGGAGGGAUGCAUCUCACAAUAUAUAUAUUUUUCAGAACUGUCAUCAAAAGCACAAGGCAAAUUACAAGCAAAC